UGAGACUUCACUGACUUUUGGACCUUUUUUGUGGACAACUUUCAAGAAGCUUUCUGAGGAGACAUGGUGUCAGCUGGUUUUCAGAUAAUGGGCCUUGCCCUGGCUAUUAUUGGUUGUAUUGGUGUUAUUGUGGCCUGUGCCUUACCUCAGUGGAAAGUGACAGCCUUCAUCGGCCAGAACAUUGUAACUGCACAAACCACUUGGGAGGGCAUCUGGAUGACCUGCGUGGUCCAGAGCACAGGCCAGAUGCAGUGCAAGGUCUAUGACUCCAUGCUGGCCCUUUCUGAUGACCUCCAGGCCGCCCGAGCUCUCACUAUCAUCUCUAUCCUGAUUGGUAUCGUCGGCAUCUUCCUGGCCAUUGCUGGGGGCAAGUGCACCAACUGUGUGGAGGACGAGAGCAGCAAAGCCAAAAUCGGCGUGACCUCUGGUGUGAUCUUCAUCAUUGCUGGUAUUUUGUGCCUCAUCCCCGUGUGCUGGACAGCAAAUACCAUCAUUAGGGACUUCUACAACCCACUGCUGGUGGGCUCUCAGAAGAGGGAGCUGGGGGCCGCACUCUUCAUUGGCUGGGGAGCUUCAGCUCUCCUGAUCUUGGGUGGUGCUCUCCUCUGUGCCAACUGCCCUCCCAAGGAUAACUACUCUGCCAAGUACGCAGCUGCUCGUUCAUCUGCACCUGCACCCAAGGGCUAUGUGUGAGAAGAGAACAGCCAGAUGAGAAGGCUGAGAGACUGAGAAAAAGACAUUGCCACAUUAAUUAUACUUAGAAUUUCAAGGUGAUUUUAUUGUGCCCAUAGUUUGCUUUGAUAUUUUCAUGCUGCGUUACAGUAUUUCAAGUUUGUUACAUUUGUGUCGAGUUGUGCACCACACCAAGAUAACUGUGCAACUGUGCAUGUGGAUUGAGUAAAAACAGAGAGCAUAAAUACUGGAGGUGCAUUUAACAUGUUAUUGGGAUGAAUUGUAUUUUUAUUUUCCUAUACUUUCAUCACGUUGUGUCUAUUUACAUGCCAUUUCACUUUAAAGUGUUUUAUAUGUGAC